AUGGCCACCAUUCCGCUGCAUUGCAACAUCUGCCCGAAGAAACCAAACUUCAGCGAUGUCUCGCAUCUCCUCACCCACAUAGCCAGCAAGGGCCACCUCUCAAACUACUACAAGGUCAAGGUUCGAUCCAGCACUGAGGACGCAUCUCGUCGUCUGAUUGAGGCCUACGAUCAAUGGUAUGCAGAGUGGAGUGUCGAAGAACUCAUGUCCGAGCGGAUGAAUCAAAAAGACAAACGCCGGACGCGUGCUAGGCCAAGCGUCACUCCCGUCUCUGUAGCUCGUGCCAAUCCCUCCGCCCCACCCGAUAUCCAAGCUCCCACUCCUCAACCUGCCGCACGCUCCGAAGCCGUCGGCACCCUCCUAGACCCUCGUCUUUCUGAACACCAGCUUGUAAAGGUCGAACGGUCGUGCACAACUACGCCUACGCCUACCCCGCAGCCGGGCCCGGUACUUUGUCACCGUCCGUUUGCACCUCGCGUGCAGGGCUGGGCAACGGCUUCCCGAUCCACUUCCACGUCGAAUCAUACCAAUCCAGACUACGAGACCUCGAGCGAGUACUCUGACCAAAGCAUGCCCCUAACCCGCUCCCAACACGCUGCUGAGGAUACGUGCGCAAUCGAGGAAGAUGCUGCCGACCCUCCCGGCGUAGAAGACACCAUGGCGGUGAGCGAGGCCUCAAAACUGAAGGGUGUGCUCUGGCCGGGAAUGAACCUGUUUGAUGCGGCUACACCUGAGAUGCGGCGCAAGCGUAAUCAAAAGAAGGACAGCUCAGUCGUUGAGCAGCUUGAGAUCAACUCUCUGGAAGUGGAGGCUACCGAGCUUAUAUUCACGCCACAAGGUUCCUUCAAGAGGAAACGCAGAAUCUCCAGCUCUGAAUGCGAUUUUGAGGAGAUGAGCAGCCCGCUUCGGCGUGAGAGCCCGAAACCUUCCCGCACACGCCCAGUCCUUGCUAGUUUGGACGUCAACAGCGGGCGUCGUCCCCGCCAAGUCGUGCGGCCUCCGGCUCCGGCUUUGCCCUGUCCUAAGCGAUCGCACGGCACCCGCGCCCGUCCCGCUCACGGGCAUGGAGAACGUAGUUCUCGAGGCAAACGCAACUUCUCGGUUUAUGUGGACGAAGAGGACUCCUUCGGCCAGCCAGCCCCCAUGAACUACCUCACCACGGGCUACCACCGGCCAUCACCAACUUCGGCGCCGCAGUGGCCAUCUCUCAAGCCAUACAACGACAUAUACCCCUACGACACCAGCAACAAAGAGAAUGCCUUGUCUGCAUACCCGCAAGGGGGCUCUGACCAUCACCAUCCUCAUGCUGUAGGCUACCAUUACCACGCCUACUCGUACGGACUAGGACACGAACAGCAUGCUUUCCAGUACCGGGAUCAUUUGUAUCUCAACAACGCUUACCGUCAGCAACACCAUGAAGAUGCCGACGAUCAACGAACUGUCACCGCGCCCCCCUCCCCAUCCACGGGCUGAGCUUCUUACAUCUCCCCACUGUACAAGGAUCGUGCUGGAUGCUGUUCCAACCGGCCGUACAGCUUGGAGUUGUCCUGGCUGCUCGCCCUCUGCCUUUUCCCACCUGUCCCGUGUUCCCCUAGCACUCGCCCAUCCACACCGACCCCCAGCCCCCGCUGUUUGCUUGCUGGAUUUUCGAUCGCUUAAAAUUGGCGACAGCUUGCUCUCUGUUGGCACUUGCAGCUUCAACUACCACCUCCAAUAUGGAACAU